UCAAAAACCUCUUUUGUUCUUUAUGGGUAGAGUUUUUGUUUGUUUGUUUUCCUGUGGGGCUUUGAAUACUUUUGAACUGAGAACUUUUUUUUUUUUUUAACAUGUGGCUUUUAAUCCUUUUGAACUAAAACUGCUCUCCACAUGGCUGCUGAAAAGGCACUGACUGUUCCCACAUGCAGUUCAACCAUCUUGGGUUUGGAAGCGCUCAGCAGCUGCAGAAGUAGAAGCAAAAGGAAGCACAAGUGCCAACUAUAUUAGAAAAUACUUCUGUGUUUCUGUGAUUUUUGGACGGUCAGGGAACCGUUGUGCUUCACAGCUGAAGGGGCAAGCCUGUGCUGCCUGCACCGCCACCCAACGCAUCAGCAAGGACUGGACCUGGCCAGAGGAGAUCCUGCUUGGGAAAUCAGGUUUUAUAGUGUCGCUAUGUUGGAGCAGAUUCAUCUGCUGGCUGCCGUGACGGUUCUUGGGGUCCUGGAGCAAGCCUACUUCUUCCUCCAGGUGAUCCAUGCAAGGCGCACGUUUGGCGUUUCUCCUCCCAACAUCUCAGGCCCACCUGAAUUUGAGCGGAUCUUUCGAGCACAGGUGAACUCCUCAGAGUAUUUUCCCAUUUUCGUGGCACUCCUGUGGCAGGCUGGACUCUUUUUCCACCAAGGUCUGGCUGCAGCCCUGGGCCUGCUCUAUCUUUACUCCCGCUAUUGCUACUUUACGGGAUACAGAGCAUCAUCCUCAGACAGGCUCACCCCCAUCUACUUCAGCACCGCCGUUCUCUGGGUGCUCGUUGCAGCAGCAACCCUGGGCCUCCUGCAUUUCUUUCUCUCUCACUAUGUGGGUCUGAAUGUCCUCCGGCUGCUUGCAGCAUGAUGCUCCUGGCCGUCACUGGCAUCACCACUUCAUAUCUGCCCCCAGCUACAAGCCCACCUCACUGUGCUUCCAACACCUGUGGAGCUGGCAGAGCCACAGAGGCCUUUCUGAAGGUUGUUUGUGCCCAGCACUCCAUGCCUAGCUGCUCUGUAUGACUGAUGGCCAAAGCAAGGAGAAUUUUUGGAAAACAGAAGUAAACUCUUCUCAGCCCCUGCAUCCAGCCCAGGCACCGUGGGGUCAGCACAGCCUCCCAUGGUGCACAGCCAGGAAGAGAAUUUCUGAGGAAGCAUCCACAGGCUGGGGCAGGGCAGAGACAAGGGGUGACCCAGAUCAGGUCCCUGCACACUGCUGGCUGUGCUGCACCAGUGCUGCGGCACACAACAUGCACAGGAGCUGCUGCCAAUAAAAGGACACUGAGCUUGCUGA